GAUUUAGUGGGAGGAAUUAAGUAAUCUUUGAGGGUAGAAAGCUGUAGACGGACGAACCCGAAACCCUGCAUAUAGAACGUUUCAGUCACGAAUCCGGAGAACAAAUGGCACCUAGACUCCCUCCUCCACCACAGCCAAAUGAACCUGAUGCGCCCAACAACACUAGGUUGUUGGAAACGGUGAUAGAUAGGUUACAACAGCAGAACACUACAUUGAUGGCACAGAACGCUACCCUACUGCAGCAGAAUGAGAAUGCUUUGCAGAGUUUGGAGGCCUCUCGCGCCAACUCUGAAGCAACACAGAGGCAAUUGAUGGAGAUCCUUGCCGCUACCAAGGGCACACCAGGAGCGUCCUCUUCCAACGCUACCCAUCAGGCUGAGUGGAGCUUGGAAAGCUUCCUUCAACAUCACCCAGCUAAAUUCAGUGGAAAGUGCCUCCUUGACAAGGCAGAUCAGUGGUUGCGGGAUAUGGAGAGAAUCUACAACGCCAAGAGAUGCCCGAACGAGAACAGGUUGGCGUUCACAAAAUAUCUACUGACCGGGGAAGCAGGCCACUGGUGGGCGAGCAUGAGAGCUAUCUUAACGGACGCCCAAAAUCCCAUCACAUGGGAAGUAUUCCGGAGCAAAUUUUAUGAAGAAUACUUCCCUGACAGCGUCCGUUUUGCAAAGGAGGUGGAAUUCCUUCAGCUGGUACAAGGCGGAAUGUCUGUCUCGGAAUACACCAACAAGUUCAAGCAUCUAGUCCGUUUCAAUACGAUGGCCACCAAUGAGGAGUGGCAGUGUAGGAAGUUUGAGAACGGACUGAGAAGUGAUCUGAAGGUCUUGAUUUCCAGUUUAUGUAUCCGAACGUUUCCUGCUAUGGUGGAGAGAGCCAAAGUACUGGAGAAGAAUAUGAAAGAAGUAGAACGGCAGAAGAAACAACAACAGGUGGUUAGGGGGCCGACCGUGACCAGAAAUAAUGCUAAUCUGAGAAGGUCUCCUUACGUUCGUCCAGCUCGGUCUCAUAAUGGAUCGCAAGCAGUGGUUGCCGUCGGACAAUCUGGGCAAGGAAACGUGACUUGUUUCCAGUGUGGAGGACCACACUAUCGAUCAUCAUGUCCUCAACUGGUGGGACGAAAACACUGCACUCGUUGCGGAAGGAAUGGGCACUUAGAGAAUGAGUGCAACAUGGGUGGACGUGCUGUGAUGAGGCCACCAAAUGCUGGGAGGAAUCAGUCGAGAGGUGGUGGCAGAGCCCAAGCUGUUGGACGUGUAUAUGCUCUGACUGGUACGGAGGCAGCAAGCUCAGGUAAUCUCAUUCGGUGAUUGCUUGCUGUUUGGUAAACAUUGUUGUGUGCUGUAUGAUUCGGGGGCGACCCACUCCUUCAUCUCGAAGGCGUGUGUUGAAAAAUUGGGUUUAGAAGUGAGAGAGAUGCAGUUCGACCUGGUGGUGUCAACCCCAGCGGCUGGCAAGGUUAGGACGUCCACUAUGUGCGCCAGGUGUUCUAUAGAAGUGGAAGGGCGUAAGUUUAAAGUCAAUCUCAUCUGCUUACCUCUUCAAGGUUUGGAGGUGAUUUUAGGAAUGGAUUGGCUGACUACCAAUCGCAUUCUCAUAGACUGUGGCGCUAAGAGAUUGGUCUUUCCCGAAGAAGAUGAAGAAGAAUUUUCUGUGACGCUCGGUCAGUUGAAGGAAGACAUCAUGGAGGGUGCCAGCUGUUUCCUGAUUAUGACGCAUGAAGAUCAGGAGUUCGGAAGUUGGAUACAAGAACGAUCGUCCACUAGUAACAGUAAUGGACGAUCGGUUGUGGAUGAGUUUCCGAACGUCUUUCCGAAAGAAAUACCUGGACUUCCCCCUCCUCGCGAAGUUGAAUUCACCAUUGAUUUGGUGACGACCGCAACACCUAUCUCUGUUCAACCGUAUAGGAUGUCGCCAGCUGAAUUGGUUGAACUCAA